AUGUCUCAGCAGUCUUCGCAAUUCCAAAGGCCGUUGACUUUGACGGAAGAGUUGGAGAAACUGGAACAAUCCAUCACUCUUACACUUCAGGAGAUCGACCACAACUUCAGCCAAGCCCACCGAAUUGUUACAACCAGCAUAUUACCCCUGGUAGAGCAGUAUACAGAGCAUUCUCGCGAUGUCUGGGAAGGUGCCAAGUUCUGGAAACAAUUCUUCGAGGCCAGUGCCAAUGUCUCGCUUUCUGGGUACGAAGAGAAACCCGAGACCGACGAUACAGUCCAAGAAGGCACGGCGACUGAGGAAGAGCUCUCCAUCGACGUAACGCAGACUACGUCCACAGACCAAAGCGAGCACACUUACGGCACACCUUCUUCUCGCCCACAUAUGCAGCACCUGGCUCAGCAAGAGGAUGCCGAUUUUUCCGAGCAUGGAAUCUCCUCUCACAGUACCCCGCGCGUGGCCUCUCGGCCGUCUGAAGAGGAUGAUACCAUUGCCUCCUUCGAGCGUUCUUCCUCUUACGAAGACCUGCGAAGGCAGAUCAACGAAGAUAAAGCGCCAUUCGGUAUGCCCGACUCAUCUACACUACCAUCGACACCAGGUCGUCAGACCUUCCUACCUCCCGAGAUCUCAGUUACUCCCAUGUCGUCCCCCUUCGUUCCGCCAGUGUCCUCGGCGAAGUAUGCCUCGGCAUCUCGUGGGGACUCUCGAUAUCAGAAAACUUCUGAUCCUGUGCUGCAUCGUGUGUUGGACAGAACAUACCGCGUCCAGGCCACUCCGCUUGGGAAGGGGUUUCGCAACACUGGCUACGGUGCGACUACGCAAUCCAAGUACACAGUCACUCCACAGGCGGCCGCGGCUAUCACGUCAGGCUCUCGGCACGCUCCAGACGAUUCGCCAAUCUCCAGCCCCGAGCCUGAAGCGCCGCGCCUCCAUUCGGAGAUUUUCUCAUCCCCCAUUAAGGGCAUCGAUGCCACUCCAGGAACGAACCGCAAGCGACGAACCAGCAGCAAUCUUGUCCGCGGGACCCCAAAGCCUGGAAUUAGUGUUUUGACCCCAAUGAAAAGACAAGGUGGUCAACGACCCGUAUGGGACAGUGAUGAUGAUUUGGACGACGAUAAUUUCGGCCCUAGUCCUCCAAAAACCAUGCAGUUUCAUAUUCCGCAGAGUCGACUAAUGAAGACACCUGCGAAGGAAGCGUCCAAGCGCAUCGUGACAGAUCUGCUCGCCACUGCCGGAGCGGGGGAUCUUACCGAAGACUUUGACGACGAUAGCCCCGCCAUUGUCAGGCGGACGGAGCGCCCUGAGGAUGAUACUUUCUAG